CACGUGUUGAGCUAUGAGUAAUUUGUAUAUUUUGUAAUACAGCGUGGUGAUAGCUAGUCAAGCACAACAAAUCAGUCGCUACGCAACACAAAAUAAACAAAAAAAUGUUUGCUGGAUUUUUGGUAUCCCGGGAAAUAUUGAAAUAUUUAUUUUCGCACUUUAAUUUUGUUUAUCAAUCAUAGUAAGCAGUUUCUCAUUCAUGACAGAGCUAUAAAAAAAAUAAGUUUUUGUGACAGUUAAAGGAGGAUAUAAAUAGUAACAGAAAUGAGUAAAAAUCGAUGGGAUAAAAUUAGUAAAAAGUAUGCCAAUGAUCCUGGCAUUACAUCGCAGGAAGUGAAGAAGUUUUUGGAUAUGAACUUUACGGAUGGAUAUUUUGAGCAGUUGUGCGGUAGGAAGGAAGUUCGACGAUUGAAUCCGGCUUUGAUUAUGGAUCUGAGGCAUGAUAUUAUCAAAAAUCGCACCGAAGACUCGCCACAACAUGCAAGCAAUAAAAAGAGGGAUAACGGCACAAUAAAUAAAUUUAAAUUGCAAAAGGAACUGAACAUGGAAAGUAUUCGAAACCAUAACAACCUUGUCGACUCACGAUUGAUUGAGAAUGAAUUGGAAAAAUUUAAACUUGAAAUUCGUAAGUUGAGGACGACUUCAUCGAAGAAAUCGGAAAAAUAUCAAGACAGUUUGGAUGAAUAUGAAGACCCAGAGGAAACAAAAUUAUUGAGUGCAUUGCGUGACACGGAGGAAGCGACUUUUGCUUAUCGGAAUGAAUUCAAUAAAAUUGUCGUUGAAAAACCGAAUUUAUUGCAAAUAAAUCAUUUUGAAUUUAGCUAUGAUGAAGGAAGUGCAUGCAGUGAAUCAACAGCUGAACUGUCUGAAGAUUCACUUGACAAAUGCUCAAAUUUAAACUUUAUUAAAAUCUCAGCACAACCAAAGCCAACAAUUCAAAUUGAAGAACUUGAUGAGUAUCAAGAUUAUUAUGAGAUUAAUGAAGAUCCAACAAAAUUUAAUGUUGAGGAUGAGACUGAAAAGCCAUAUGAUCCAAUGUGCUAUGUCUGCUGUACUGAAGAUAAAUGUGAGUUCCAAAAGAAUGAAUUUGAGACUCAAUCGUUCUACAGCUUGCCAAAUUUGAGUGAAAAUGAUGUCGAGCACUUGAUGAGAAUCACAAAAUUCCAAUCCUUAAUAUCUGUAGAAACUCCAACAAUUAAAGACUGUCGAUGCUGUCCACCAUCAGCUGAUGUAAAGAUUAAACAUCUUGAUAAGUCAAUCGAAGAAGCUGAAGCUGAACGACUGCUUAUUAUCCGUCGAAUGGAACUAGAAGAGAAAAAUUAUCAAGAACUGAUUGUUAAGACAGACGCUCAAUCUAAAAACAUCAGUGAUCCAUCAUCAAACUACGUCUACGAUAAAUACAUCAGUGACUUGAUCAAUGAGGAUCAAAUGACAUCACAAAAGGAAUUCGAGCGUGAAAUGCUGAGAAAGUCCUUCAAAGACUGGCUCCAAAAGACAACAAUCUCAAAAAUUCUCAAAACGAAUGCUUUUAACAACGAAGAUCGUGUUAAAAAGAUUAACGAAUUUCUCAAUAAAGUUCGAUUUGAGCACAAUAAAGGACACAUCAGCAACGAGACGAAUAAGAAGAAAACUGGCAAGCAUGAGAAAUCAAAGAAGUCUUCAUCAAAAACCGUCCGUAAAGAUUUUGAGAAUAAAUUAAAAGUUCAACAAGACAUAAUUGAGCUGCAAAAGCUGAAAAUUCAGCGACAAGAGCGAUUAAUCACCGAAAUGAAAUUGGCAAAAUUCACCGAAAUGGUAAAGGAAUCAAAGAAUGAUCUCAAAAUGGAAUUGAUCAAUGCAAAGCGUACGAAUACAAAAUUGCGUGCGAAGGCACGUUGCAUUGAGAUGGUUGCGAACAUACCGCCUGAUCCGAUUGAAGAAGAGCGUAGAAAAUUAUUAGCGCAAGGUCUUAUGGUUCCGAAAUUUUUGCAAAAAAUGCAAGAGCGUGCUGCUGAACGUCUUGCACGUCAUGAAGAAGCUCGCGAGCGUCGUGAACGUUUAGAGUAUGACAAGGAGGAAGCGAAAAAUGUUGCUGAAUUGGCUAAACGAAUGGAAGAUGAGGAGGCAAAGAGAAAGCGAUUUUUGGAGAUGCGCGAGAAGCGACGUCAAGAAAAGUUUGCUAAACAAUUGAAGGAACUUGAACGACAGCGUAUGGUGGAGAAUAUGAAAAUUGCACGUGAUCAUUAUGCUCGAAAUUUAAUGAAACGUAUUGGAUUUCGUGCUUUUGAAUUGGCUAUAAAGAUGAAACGAUUGAAUCAUAAAAAGGCAACAAUUCAUCGACGUCGUGUCUGCAUGAAGAAAUUCUUUAAUUUAUGGCAGAAAAAUACAAAGGUUGUGUGGGAUAUAAAGCGAGCACAAGCAGAUAAAUUAUAUAGUUAUUUGACUUAUCGAAUGUACUUCAAGCAUUGGCGUCAUGUCCACUCCAUUCAUCAAUCCAAAUUCUUAGUUGCCAUUGAUUGGUACGAGGUCAAAAUGUCUGAAAAGCUUUUUUAUCGAUGGAUUCAAUUUGCCGAGGAGAGUAAGAUGGUUGAAGGUACCAAAAUGAAAAAUGCAGAAGCUCACUAUAGUUGUCAAAUGAAAUGGAAGCUCUUUGACGCUUGGCAUCGGUUCCCAGCCUUAAUGAAAAUUGAACGCGAGACUGAAGUGCGACGUCAGAAAUGGCGUAUGAAAAUAUGGGAUUUACUUCCUGAUUAUAAACCACAGGACGCACCUUAGCUAUCAAUUGACGACUCGUUCAUUUAAUAAUCAAAUAAUCAUAAACAGCUAGUUUGGCAUCAUAUAUGAUUAUUUAUGACUAAUUAUUGUGGAUUUUUUAUCGUAAACUGGAAUAAUUCUAUUUUUAUACUGCAUCACAUCACACAAAACUUUGUAAUCCCUUUAAUAUUAUGUGCAAUAAUGGCAAGUGUUUUGUAGUCGUUUUGUAAUU